AGCCGAGUUCUGCUGAAACUCUGCGACAUUUAGCUUGUUCUCUCGCCGCUUUAAACCCUGCACCAUGGCCAAAAGUCAARAAAAUGUCCAGGCUAUGCCCUGGCAGACCCAAGACACCGACAGACUACUACACUUUAGACCAAAGAAGCCAGGAAGCUAUACUAGCACUGGGACUUUAUGAACUCCAGUCAAAUCUCCAGUACAAAUCCAAAAUAAUGCCAUACUUAAUUGAUGUAUUGAAGAAUCUCCCGGCAGCAAAGUGGAUUGAACCUCAGAUGUUUACGAUAGCUUCAAAGUCCCCAAUUUCUGGAGAGUUUACUCUGUGUUUUGUGAGUCUUAUGAGUAGUCUAGCAAGAAAGGAUAAUUUGCUGGCAGGAAAGAUAAACAAAGCAAUAAUGGAUGUGUUUGAAAUUCUGGUGAAAAGGUGCUGGUCUUAUAAAGAAAUGAGAGAUAUUGAUAACAAAGCAAAUUUCUGUCACUUCACAAUCCCAAUCCUUCUGGGCAUGGCCCAAGCACUUGGCGUCUCUAGAGUGUAUUCAGGGAAGGACCCCYUGAUUCUGAAGCUYAUUAAAACUGGCUCUAAAACAACAAAGGGAUGCCUGAAUCAGAUCUUUAGACAAACAAGCUGGGCUCCUAGGAACAGCUGCACUUACCAAACAAACAUGGGGCUYUGUUUUAAUGAUGACGAAAUUGAAAAUCUUGUCAUGCAGGUUGAGAAAAUGCUUGAUACUCAGGUAUUGAAUGGCAUUGAUGCCACAUUGCUGGAAUGCUUACAGUCAGGUUCACUUCCUGAAAGUUUCACAUACAAGACAUACAAUGAAGUGAUCAUUUUAUCAAUGGUAACACUWCUCAGAGACAUCUAUAAGACAACACCAGACGUUUCACAAAAACAAUCAAAGAAAGCACAAGAAAUUGGCAAAAACAUCUUCUUGGCAGAGAAGACAGAAAUCCARAAACGGAACAGUGAAUUGAACCAUCACACCUUAAAGUGGAAAUUACAAAUCAUUUCAGCCAGCGUGGACCUUAUGGUGUGGACGGUACAAGAUGAACAAGAUGCCGAUGCACUGUGUCAGAAUAUCUCGGAGUUUUUGUGUUCUCAUUUAGUGGUUUCAUUAGUGCAGACUGAUUUGUGCUUGUUUACUUGUUGCUUGGAAGGACUUGGAUCACUGGCUGACAAGUUUCCUACAUUGUCUAACACAAUAUUGGCAUCAUUUCGAAAUUUCCUCCUCACUCCAGCCCCCCUGUUUACCAAGAAUAGCAGUCCUACAGCCAAGAAGCCCAUGUUACCUAUAGUAAUGAUGGUAUCCGACAGCGAGGACAAUGCACCCUUACUUACUUUAAAUGCCUCGGAUGUUAGCAAUAAGGAUAAAGAUUCUYUGGAGUAUUUACUGAGGAAAGCAACCCUUGAAAACAUAUGCAGGGCUCUAAAAGCAGGACAAAAAGUGGACGAAAACUGCGUACAAGCGUUCCUAUCAUCAAUAUCCAACAAGCUGUACACACUAGAGAAUACAGAUGAUGACACAGUCAAUUUAGUGUCUACUAACGCCAUUCUUACAUUGGGUCACGUAGCAUUCAUGCUUCACUCUGUACCACAGACCACCGAGUCAGUCCUUACUAUUCUYCAGCAUAGAUUUUGCCAUCCGCCGUCAUCCCUGGAUCCAUUGAUUGUUGAACAGCUUGGGUAUUUGGUUCUUACUGGAAAUGACCAAAUCUACCAGCAGAUUAUGGGUAUGUUUAUGAAGAUCACCAUCGAUGCUGGCUCCAUGGCGUACUCUCGUGAACCCUCGGCUGACAGGGAAACAACACAAGGAUAUAGAUUGGCCGCUUCGUCUAGUGCAGGUAAUCUUGGUGUCCUUAUUCCAGUCAUUGCCACAGUCAUGAAGCGUCUUCCACCUAUCACUGACCCAAAGGCUCGUCUGCAUAAGCUCUUCUGGGACUUCUGGCUUUACUGCGUCGUAAUGGGAUUCGGCGUUGAAGGAUCGACACUGUGGCCAAAUGAAUGGUACAUAGGGGCAUGUACCAUCGCUGCCAAAUCGCCAUUACUACUGGGUGCUGAACACUUGAGAUCACGAUUGAUGUAYAAYUCCGCCUUACGAAACGAUGCUGUCGCUCCGGCUGAAUUAAAUGAAGUCCGUGCACGAGUGUUGGAGACACUUGGCAAUUCCCCAGAGAUUGUUGCCAUCGUAAAUAAGCUCAACUUUGGUCARUGCACUUAUUUACUGUCAGUCUAUAGACUAGAGACACUCCGGGUAUCCUCCGACUCCGGUUCAUUCCAUUCUAUMUUUUAUUAUCUUGAAGAUCGCGCUGUUCAGAAAGAUAAAGCUGAUAUGUGGCAGUGUAUAGCAGCYAUUGGUGAUAAAGCUUUUUCUUUCUUCCUUGAAACCAUGGCUAGCAAAUCAAGGACAGCGGAGCGCGAACGAGAGCUAGUGGAGCAUGCUCAGUUCCUACUGGUCAAAUUUAAUCACUUGUUGAAGAGAAUACGACGCGUGGCUGACAAAUAUUUGUCGUCGCUUGUUGAUAAGUUUCCACAUCUACUGUGGAACAGUACAGUACUGCACUUUAGUCUGGAUCUGUUACACACCUUGUCACAGACKCUCGAUCAACCAAAAGAGAAUCAUCAGACGAUGGAGGUACUCGUACCCGGGACGUCUUACAAAAUCAUGGUUCACGAGGAAAUGGAAGGUCGAGAGGGGACUGUGGGAGACUUUGCUGCUCGGUGUAGUGGUAUUCUCCAAGAAGCUAUCAAAUGGGCUCCUGAGGCUACACGUUCAUUGCUGCAGGACUAUAUCAUGAAAAGAGAACAAGUACCACAGUCAACAUCUCAACACACAGGGCUCGCUCUGGCCAUGGAGAAUAUCAUCCAGUUUGCUGGCAUAUCAUCGUCUUGUGCUUCUCUUAGUGCAUCCGCUCUUGAACGGCGACCAAGCUGUUUUAAAAAAGACUGUGCUGUCAUUUCAUCGGGCUUGACCAUUAGGAGUAAAUACGUAGGAGAGAUCAUCGGUAUGAAGGUUAUCAUCGCCAGCAAAGCAGAGAAAGAGCAAGAYGUCAACAAACUUUUAUUUAAGGUUCUUAACAAAGAGCUGACUGGGAGCACUUCGGCUAAAGUGGAAUCCUUUGUGGCUGCCAUGUACAAGGCCACUGCUGUWAUUGUCACGACMCCUGAGGUUGACAGACAGUUAAUCCAUAACGUCUGCUGGCGUCCGGCGCAGAUCUUUACCAAGGAAUCACUGUCCACGGCUGUUUCUUGCUGGGAAUGGAUAUUAGGUGCAAGGAAAGACCUCGAACUUCACAUCCUCAGUGAAAUCAGCUGGGCUUGGCAAUGGACUGUAUGUCGUCGAGUGGGAAUGUUCUCACCUUGUCAACCAAUGGAAAGUCCAUUGGCUUCUUUUGAAGACGACAAAUCCCCGCCCUCCCCUCCUGAUGUUGCACCUCAUGAUAUUUGGAUUAAGUUCUUGGCCAAGAGAUUUGAAAUCGCCAAAUAUUACAGUUCAGACCAGGUGGAAAUCAUAGCAGGUCUUCUGCAACGAUCACUUCCGUUGUCACCCAAACGCUCGGGGUUGCUGUCUCGACACAUCGUGGCUCUCAAGCCAAGAUUUCGACUGCUACAUCUUGGUUUGUGUAUAUUACAAGGAGAUUUCCUAACCAACUCAAUUGCUAAGAAUGUUUUGAGGGAAAGAAUCUACUGCAAUGCACUUGAUUAUUUCAGGUUUGUUCCUUCUAAAAUAUUGUAUUGUGGCGUCAUCGAGUGUGUACCUGAUUCAGAGUCACGUGACCAGCUGGGUCGCCAGACCGAGGUAGACUUGUACGAGUAUUACGUCAAGACCUAUGGUGACGAAAGCACUCCGCAGUUUCAACAGAUUAUUUGGAACAUGAAAACAAACAUCUACACAGACGAGGAAUCUCAGCACAAAGACUCACAGAUCGGAGAUCAUUUAGAAAAYAUUAUUAGCAGGAUUAUCGAAUCGAUAUCGGGACCAGCCAGAGAGUUUUAUCAAAGAGAGUUUGACUUCUUUGAUAAAGUCACCAACAUCUCGGCCAUUAUUAAGCCGUACCCCAAAGGUGAUGAACGUAAACAAGCCUGCCUUGAUGCAUUAAGUCAAAUAACGGCAGAGCCAGGCGUCUACUUACCAAGCAAUCCAGAAGCCAUGGUACUCGAGAUAGACAAGACYUCRGGGAGACCCAUGCAGAGCGCCGCCAAAGCUCCAUUCUUAGCCAAGUUUAGAGUACAGCGGUGUGGGAUUUCUGAGUUGGAGAAUAUCAAUGCCAAAAAAGAAUUUCCUCAAGAAUCCGAAGAAAACAAAGAAACAAAUCAAGACAGCAGUAUUUACUGGCAAGCGGCAAUCUUCAAAGUGGGUGAUGACGUCAGACAGGAUAUGCUCGCUUUACAAGUCAUCUCAUUGUUCAAGAACAUCUUCGAGGAGAUCGGCCUUGACGUCUAUUUGAAACCGUACAGAGUAGUUGCUACAUCUCCAGGGUGUGGCGUCAUCGAAUGCGUACCUGAUUCAGAGUCACGUGACCAGCUGGGUCGCCAGACCGAGGUAGACUUGUACGAGUAUUACGUCAAGACCUAUGGUGACGAAAGCACUCCGCAGUUUCAACAGGCUCGUUCCAAUUUYAUCAAAAGCAUGGCUGCGUAUUCUAUUGUUAGUUUCUUGCUACAAAUCAAAGACAGACAUAAUGGGAACUUGAUGUUGAAUCGAGCUGGUCACAUUAUACACAUUGAUUUUGGUUUCAUGUUCGAGUCUUCACCUGGUGGUAAUCUUGGAUUUGAACCAGACAUGAAAAUAUCUCACGAAAUGGUCAUGAUAAUGGGAAGAACAAUGGAGUCGCCUCCAUUCAGGUGGUUCAUGGACUUGUGUGUCAAGUCGUAUCUUGCAGUCAGACCGUAUCAGGAGGCYAUUGUCUCGCUUGUAGCCCUGAUGCUUGACACAGGUCUUCCAUGCUUUAGAGGCGAGACUUUAAAGAGACUGAGAGCUCGAUUYAGCCCAGCGCAAAGUGAAAGAGAUGCCGCUAACUACAUGUUGAAAGUGAUUCGCGACUCUUAUUUAAAUUACAGGACAAGAGUUUACGACUUGAUCCAACUUGCACAAAACCAGAUUCCUUGCUAAAUGAAGCCUUACGGAACACCGAUUGUACACUAACAUGGCCUCUUUACUAUUUAAGUUAUCGUUCCCCCUACAAAAAGGAAAAGAUUAGAAAAACUUUGGGCACAGUAUAGUAAGAGGUUUUGACAGAUAGCUUGCUAUCUUGCUAUACUAUACUAAAUGCUGAGCAAGUAAGAACAGCCAGAAAAUGGAAAAUUCGCAUUACAGAAACUCGGUGGCGAGCUGGUCACWCCAGAUAAUGAAUUCCGUCGACUCGAACUUUAGAAAGUCAAGUUAAAAGUUUGCAAACUUUAGCGAAUAUCAUUACAAGUCAAGAGUUCGGAAGAGCUAUUGGAUUACAAAAACAUGCAGAGAUGUAUUUGCGACAGAAGAAAGCUUAAAAUAUUUCAAGUGAAGGYUGUACCUGCUCGACAAACCAUACCAUGACCUAGCCGCCUCCGCAGGCAUCACUAAGAAUCACGGGCUUCCUGUCUUUUUUGGGAGUCAGAAGAAGGAGAAUGGGGCCGUACUUUCUCGUCUCUAGUCCCUAGCGUCCAAAGAUGACCGUUACAAAGGAAGCCCAAACGAGGAAAAAAGAGUUGCCUGGUGAGGAGGCAUGACCGACUUCACUAAUUCAAGUUCUUGAUGGAGGUGCGAAUGACGUUGAAUACGUUAGCGAUGAAAAAAUGAAAAUUAUGAAAAAUACACAUUAAAUGUAAUUAUUAAUAUAUUUAAGGAAAAUAGAUUAGUCAUUGGAUACAUAGCUACACAAAUUUGCCUUGUAUCUGCGUUGUUGACUUGAAGAUAAAUAGAAAUACUUGUCUUGAAAAAAAAAUGUAUCUGCGUUGUUGACUUGAAGAUAAAUAGAAAUACUUGUCUUGAA